AUGACGGCCUCAGACUUCUUGACCACCCAGACUGUGGGUGGCUACCUUGUCUGCUUCAUGAUCGCGGGUGGCUUCAUCUACCACUACUCCAACAAGAACAAGCCUGCGCAGAUUGCCAAGCAGGCAAAGGCCUAUGUCGAACCCCGAAAGGAUAAUAACGCAAAGAAGCAGCGAAAGGCCGCCUUUGCUUCAAGCGCACAAAAGUCGACUGCCGAGGACAAGGCCUCAUCAAGUGCAGUCGAGAGCAAAUGGCUGAGCAAUGACUCCAAAGAGGAUGUUGAUAACGCCGACUUUGCCAGGAGAAUGGCCAGCAUCAAGGAAGGCAAGAAGUUUGACGGCAAGUCUUCGGGAGACUCCAAGAAGAAGACCAAGUCUGUCAAGCAGUCCCGUGCCGCCGAGAAGAAGCCCGCCCAGGUUUCCGAAGAGAAGGAGCCCGCUCCCACUCCCACUCCCGCCGUUGAGGCUGUCGAGACCGUCGAGGACGUCGAAGAAAGCUCCUCUGCCGCUUCCCCCGAGCUCACGCCGGUCGACCCCAGCGGUGUCAGCGACAUGCUCGAGCCUUCCGCCGGCGGACCCUCGGUCCUUCGCCUGACGGGUACUGACAAGGAGAAGCCCAAGGCCAAGAACCAGAAGGUCCCCGAGAAGGCCGAGACCAAGAAGCAGCGCCAGAACCGCCAGAAGGCCGAGGCCAAGAAGGCGGCUCGCGAGGAGGAGGAGAAGGAGCGCAAGGUCAAGCUCGAGAAGCAGCGCCGUGCCGCUCGCGAGGCUGCCGGCAUUCCUGCUAAGGACGGCUCUCAAUUCAUGGCCAGCGUCAACGGCAACCAGUCCGCCUGGACUGCCGGCUCCCCCAACGGCGCAUCCGCCAACGGUACUUCCCCAGCCGUCCAGCCUCUCGACACCUUCGAGGCCCCGGCCGACAACCGCACCGCCGCGCCUGCCGCCACCGCUCAGUCCUCCAACACCUGGAUCUCGUCGCUUCCCUCGGAGGAGGAGCAGAUCGAGCGUCUCAAGGAGGACGACGAGUGGAACACGGUUCCGGCCAAGUCGAAGAAGGCCAAGAAGGAGAACCGCACCCCUUCUCCUGAGCCUGCCAAGGCCGCCGCCGCUCCUGUUCAGUCUCGCCCCAUUGCCCAAGCUGUCCAGAAGCCCGCGUCCAACGACAAGACGGCGAAGCCUGUUCAGUCCAACUUCGGAUCCUUCUCCGCCCUCAGCACCGAGGAGGAGGAGGAGUGGGAUGUAUAA